CAAAGGUCUGGAUGCUGUUGGACCAAUGUGUAGCACUGGCUGAACUGGAAUCCCUUUUGUACGUUCAAGUGUCUGUGAUUAUGCUGCAGGAUAGCUGCUGUUGUUUAUCCGGAGAAGCUGAAGCAGACUUUGUUUUACGUGUAGAUAGGACUCUGCCAGAUCCUGCAGUAACCUUUACAAGGUGCUCAAGGACUUAGACCAUGUAGAUAGAGCAGAUGCUGACUGUGGGGACCAUCCCAGUGUCUCUGGAGCUGAACAGGCUGGGUCACAGCCAGCAGCACUCUGUUUCCAGGCAGAUGCUCUGAGUCUGGAGAUUGGGACAGAGGUGGGCAUGGCAAGCCUGGGCGGGGCAUGAAGUUGCCUUGGAGAUGGGGCAAGAUUUUUAAACACUGAUUAAAGAGAAAUCCAUGAUGAGUCUUUUGCCAUUAACUUCUUCCAAGUCUUUCUGUUUACAACAGAUCUCUACAGGGGUACAUGCCAGUAAGGUUACUUUUAAACUGAGCGUUGAAGGUGGGGAAAAACAGGGGGAAAGGAUUCUUUUUGACCUAUGACUGAGGAAUGUGGAGGAAUACAGGGACUCUUUGGUACUUUAUAGCCUGACAAGGGUUAUUAUCUGAAGUGACAGGACUUAUUCUUUUUCCCUGAGGCUUCCGCAUACAUGCUGUCCAUGUGUCAAGGCAGACACAUGGCAGAGUGCAAAGUUUAGUAGUAUUGCCUGCAGAUGAGUCAGCAGAAGAGAAAUAGCUGGUUCCUGUAAAGUGCAAUGAUCUUGUAGGCAAAGCAGCACAUGACAGUCACAUCUGACUGUGCCAACGCCUCCCAGGAUCGGAGGGACGAUAGCGCAGCCUUGGAGCAGGCGGUGCCACCCAGGGAGCUGUGGGUGUCCCAGGGCCUCGCUGGUCCCGCUGCCAGUCUUGUGCUCAGGUCCCAGGUAGGAAUUGCAGCAGCCUUGGACUGGAGCACUUAUCCAGUCGUCGCAAUCAGCUCUUGUUUUGCACAGGCUUUCACUUUAAGUAGCAGGAUUUAUUUUGCUUUGGCAUGUAAAUCUGCAAGUGAAAAGCAAAAGAAGUGGCAAAAAAAAUCGUGCUGCCGAUGUAAGCUUUCAGAUAAUAUUCUUCGAGAAGUUCUUUGGGACAUCAAAAGGCGAUGCAGAUAGGCCGGGUCCUCCUGCCAUCAGUGUGCUCAGGGUGCAGAAAGAUCUGAUCUGCUUCUCCGGUGUAGUGUGAGGCAGGAGUUCUCCGACACCACCAAGGUUAAAAAACAUCAGUGCUGUCCGUGAAGAUGCAGUGAAAUAAGGCUUUGGCUAACCAACAAUAUUUGCCAUGCCUAUUCUGACCUUUUCCACCUGCCAGAGGUAUUAACUUCGAUGUUGUGGUUAAAUUCCAGCUCUGACAACAGUGUAGUUAACUCAGGGAGAAGUUUUUAAUUAAGAGAAGUAAUUAAUUAAGGGAGAAGUUUUAAAUUCCUUCCCUGCCUAUAUAUCUUCUUCCUUGGUGGUAAUCAAUGCUUGUCCUUUUUUCCUCCCAGAAGUGGCUGCGUUUUGGUGGGAUUCAGUGAUUCCCCGACAGGGAGAGUGACUCUUCUCCUGUCUGGCAGUCGAAUGCUGCUUGCAGAGCACAUACAGGCCUCUCUCUCUCAGUCAGCCAGUUGGCUGGUGAUGCAAGGCCCUUCUUUGGUAUGGGAUAUGCACCAAAGAAAUAAGUUUAAGAAGCAAAGCCCUUAGUGUUUUGUAAAGUGGUGCGGAGACUGUGAUUUGCCCCAAAUGGGACACUUCCAACCUUGCUCCUUGCGAGCAGUUUCUCAUAUUCAGUCGUGCACUCACUAAUGCAGGAGGGUGAUGCCUUAAAAUAGAACAGUGUUAAUAUUUUACAGCAGGGCUCUUUCUUCGGGUUAUGCUUGGUUUCUAUCUUGGAGUGUUCAGAAUGAGCUUCGAGAGUUAUCUUGUCUUUCCUCUUCCCCGUCUGGUGCAAAUGUAAUUAAUUUUAGAAGAGGCAGUGUUUUAUGCAUUUGGGGAAGCAAAUCUGUGUCCUUAUGUGUUAAGCUCAACUUCAGAUGCUGGAUCCCAUUGUUAGUAAUUGUUUAGGAUACUAUUUUAGUCACUUGGGUUAAAAUGAAACAUUCUAAGAUUAGUAACUUUAUCACAGUAAGGUGUGUUGUGUUUUUGGAAACGUGUUCCCGGUUCUUAAUGAAGACGAGGACUGCUGGGAGGACUUGCAAGAAACGCAGUAGCCACAGCAUAGAGGUUUUAAAGUUCCAAAGAGUGGUAAAAUUAUUGUUUAAUCUCUCCCUUAAUUUGAGUAAUUAACAGAGCUGCAUCACUCAGGUGCCCAAGCCAGCUCUCCAAACAUCUCAGAGGCUUCUUCAGCAACAUCUAACCUGUAAGAUCAGAGCAGACAGAGCAUGUCUAUCCCAUCCUUGAAGCAGUUUUCUCACUCAGUAUAUUGGGUAGAGCUGCUGCUGUGUGGCUGGUACUGUCUCACCACUGCUGCUUAUUUAAUGCAAAGCCAUUAAUAGAAUAUCUGAAGUUGGAAAUCCAUUUGCUUAUGUUAUUGUUUGCCAUCAUUUCACUACGAAUACCCUGAGAGGUAGAAAAGUUAGCGUGGAGGAGAGUGGGUGUUUGGGUGUGGGAAGGACUGGAAGAAGCUGUUGGAGUUUUGUCCUGGGCUGGGACAGUGCUGCUGUACGUCAGCCUAAAGCGCGGUGUUACCCUGUGCUGUCUUUGUCUGACCGUGAGCUCUGCACUGAGCAGGAAGGUAGGUGAUGGUGAUAAUUCAGCAGAAAAGUUGGUUGCUCUGGUGGGCUGGGCUGGCGUGGGAAGAGUUUCACCUGGUUGUGUGUAGGGGCUGCUCUGUCCAUAACUUCAGCACCAAAACCUCUGCCAGUGCUCUUAAUGUUUUGCUGGGCAGUGGUUCAGAAUGUCUGCAUUCAGCAUGUGAACAAGCUGUUUAAUUCUCUCCAAAGGGAAGGAAAGGGAGUGGUCAGGGACAAACAGGGGACUUGAAGCACAGUGAAAUUAUUUUGACCAAAUAACAAGAAAAGCUGCUGCUGUUCCACCCCUCUGUUUCCAUGAACGCUGGGGUUACUUGAGCCAGGGACAGAUGUUCUCUGCUUUUUGUGAACUGAAUGGUUUCUGCUGGGACCAUGGUGGUGAAGUAAAUGACUGAUACAGUGUGCUUGCAAGGAGACACCUUGCAAAAUCUAAAAAUUACUUGUGUUAUACCCUGUGUUUUCACAGAGGCACUUUGGAAUCUGCUGCAUUUAUAGCACCGAUCUUGCCUGGAAGUUAAAUGUCUAGUUUAAUGUUUGAAGACUUGAAGCCAGGGUUGCAAACUCUUUUUGCCUGAGAUUACUUUUGCAUCCUCACAUAUGUUCGUUGUUAGGAAAUGGUAAAUUAAUUACUGGAAUGGGGGAAAUUUGUCAAGCCUGACUCACAGGCAUUAUAGAGUGAGUGCUGGAUGGGUUUUGCAGUUCUGAAGUGUCCUUGUGGCUGCUCUUCACUGUCACUUUUAUCUUCUUCACAGUAUUUUUUGGCUCCCCACACACCUAAGAUUCCCUUUUCCUGUUCUUAGUGUAUUGUAGCAGGUCUAACAGGGCAGCCAAGGAUGCUCAGAUGCCUGUAGCCCCAGCCCAGAUCAGCUGUGUUUGGCUCUAACCCUGUCUCUAAGGUGUUGUCUUGCUGAUGCUCAGUGGGGAGAGUGGGAUGUUCGUGUGUUGUUUAACCGCGUUGGACUCCUUACUUUGGAACAUUCCUUAACCUGAAGUCAUUUGUGCUUGAUUUUUUUGCUCCUCCUUCAUUUUGUUCCAGUUCUUACUGGACGUGCUUGGCAAGAUGGAGCCGCCGACCUCCUCCAGGCUGAAUUCCCGAAAGAGAAGAAAAGAUGGAUCUGGCCCUAAUGGGGCAACAGAGCUGGAUGGAAUCCCUCCAAAAAUGUCCCGACGCUCACUCGGACUGAGGGAACCGGCUCCGUUUUCAGAUGAAGUGGAAAUCGACUACAGCAAGCCAUACAUCAGAGUAACCUAUGAAGAAGCGAUGAGAGGGACCCCUUUGGAUCGCCCUGUCAGAGUUUAUGCUGAUGGAAUAUUUGACUUGUUUCACUCUGGACAUGCCCGGGCCUUGAUGCAAGCGAAGAACCUCUUCCCAAACACAUACCUCAUUGUUGGAGUCUGCAGUGAUGAGCUGACCCACAACUUCAAGGGCUUCACGGUAAUGAAUGAGAACGAGCGCUACGAUGCUGUGCAGCACUGUCGCUAUGUGGACGAAGUGGUGAGAAACGCGCCGUGGACGCUCACACCCGAAUUCCUGGCAGAGCACAGGAUCGACUUUGUUGCACAUGAUGACAUCCCCUAUUCCUCUGCUGGCAGUGAUGAUGUCUAUAAGCAUAUAAAAGAGGCAGGCAUGUUUGCACCCACUCAGAGGACCGAGGGGAUCUCAACGUCAGACAUCAUCACACGGAUCGUGCGGGACUAUGACGUUUAUGUCAGACGGAACCUGCAGCGGGGCUACACAGCUAAAGAGCUCAAUGUCAGCUUCAUAAACGAGAAGAAAUACCACCUCCAGGAACGCGUGGAUAAGGUGAAAAAGAGGGUGAAGGAUGUAGAGGAGAAGUCAAAGGAAUUUGUCCAGAAAGUGGAGGAGAAGAGCAUUGAUCUCAUCCAGAAGUGGGAAGAGAAGUCCCGAGAGUUCAUCGGCAAUUUCUUGGAGAUGUUUGGUCCAGAAGGCGCAUUGAAACACAUGCUGAAGGAGGGCAAGGGCCGGAUGCUGCAGGCCAUCAGCCCGAAGCAGAGUCCCAGCAGUAGCCCCACACAUGACCGCUCCCCAUCUCCCUCCUUCCGCUGGCCCUUUUCCACCAAGACUCCUCCUUCCUCACCCGCCAACCGCUCCAGGAACGAGUCUGCAGUCACCUAUGACAUCAGCGAGGAUGAAGAGGAUUGAGCUACCUGCCAGGAUUUGCUGUGAACUGCUAAUCACAGAAUCCUAAGUCCAGACCCAGCGGGGAACUCUGAAUGAGCAAGAGAGCCAUAGGAACAGGGCUGACGGUGAGCACAGGGCCUUGGAGGCACCCGUUGCUCUUAGCAAGGGCUGCUGCCUGGAAGCACAUUCAAACCUCCUCUCCCUUCUUCUCCCCAAAUCCCCUUUUUAUUGUUUACGUUCUAAUGGUUUCCAGGGUGAAGAUGGCUUUUAUAUUUUAAAAAAAAUACUCUUUAAAAGCGCAAAGAAUAGCACUUGAGCGUGGCUUUUAUUUUGGUUUCUUUUCCCUUGUUAAACCUCCAGGCGAGAGGGAGAGUGGGAAGAUCCAUCUGUCUCUUCUUUCCUUCAGCUCCUCUGUCUUAUCCCCCCCCCUCCCAGGCAGUAUCCAUGCCGCUGCCAAACGAAAGACCCCUCAGUUCCUCAACCGGCAUGACCUCGAGAGCACUCACAAAGCAGUGGUGUAACAAGGCUUCUAGGAAAUAGAGACCUCCCUGCUGGGCUGGAGCGAUAGGAGUCUAUCCAGCAGACCCUGUAGUGCUCACAUGCCUCUAAGCUGAGCUUCCCAGCGUGUUGCAGUGAGAGUGUGCUGGGUAGGGGUACCUUGGCACGCAGGAGUUACACCCGGGAAGGACUCAUGGCACUGUAGAGUGGCACACCCCAUAAAGCACGCAGCAUUCACAGCUCCAAGUUAUAUGGAGGCUGAAGGGGAAAGGCCUGUCCAGCUAACCUCAACAAGACUGCUAAAAUUGAGCCCUCAGUUGCUGUUGGAGAGAAGAGAAUGAAUCUUUGCUUCAGUGCACUUGCUGUCUAUGCAUUUCCCUGGGGGUGUGAGAGCCCAUGUAGGAAAUGAAUGUGUGUACUCUUUUGAGAAGAUCCUUGUCCCAGUCUGUGGUAUGUUAUAUGUGUCUGUGCAGACUGCCCCUCAGCACUGUGCUCUGUGCGUAUUUGUGUUUCAGUUGCUGUGCUCUAAGGGCUGGAGCAGUCCUUUACACUGGUGCUGUGAAGUCGCUGUUCUAAGGACAAAGCAACCAGUUUGCUGUCCGUGUGUGCAGCUGGACAGAUGAAGGGCAUGUUUUACCCCCAUGAAGGGUCCCAGUUCAUGUGACAGUUACCUGUUUUGUGCAGCACAUGCACAAAUUGGUGCAGGCUCACUCUGAUCCUUGAGGCAGGUUAGAAGGAGCAUCAGAGAGUGCUGCAGCUUUUUAAGUCUUUAAACGUGUAAUGCUCAUUUGAAUCCGUGGUCCAGUUGUGCCUGCUGUCAUGUCUGUGAUCUACAGUGAGCUUUGUGGUCCGCAGCUCCCCAAGGGCACUUACCCUCCUGUGCCUGAGCAGAGCAGGUCAGUGCACUGUCCCCCAGCCAGUGCUGGAGGGACUGGCCUUGCUGUGAAGCUGUGGAGCUCCCACACACUUUUCUGUCGGGUUUGCCUGUGAUUCUGUGGUCUCUGGGUGGAGCUGCUGGGCCUGAGUUGCCUGUAUCCUGCAGUGCUGGGAGCAGAGGACAGUUCAGGGCCCGGUCAGCAGUGCUGCAGGGAGGUCUGCAGAGCGGGAUGUGAGGCUUGGGAAGCAGCAGGUGCAAGGAGGAAACUCAUCAUGCACUGCCACAAGCUCUGCACAAUGUGAUGCUUCCAGGGUACAUGGUGGCCCUGUGGUAGGAACAGGCUGCAGCUUCUUUCCAGCUUUUAUCUUACUGGUCCUUUGUCAUGCUGCCCAAAGAGCUUGACAGAGACUCUGUGUUUCUGUUGAGUUCACAGCCAGUAUGGGAAAGGAUAUUUUGGGGAUCCCUAAUCUUCCACUUGGACUUCUUUCAGCAGGGAUGUGUGUGGCUGUGGGAGCAUGGCUGGCUGCUAUGAAUUUGAAGCUGCAAGGAGCAAAAAUGAUGGUCACUUGGUAGAAGCCAGUUGUUAAUCCUCUGGUUUAUGAGUGGUAGAGCACUUACUUUUUGUCAUCCACAUUGUCUCUUCCCUCAUCUUCCCCACCUUCCCUUCCUCACCCUUCCCUCAGUAUGGGUGUUGCAUUGCUUUCCUGAGCCGGAUCACAAAGGCCAGGCUGCUUUAGAGCCUUACUACUGUUUAAAACACAAGUUAUGCAACAGUGUUCUGUAAAUUUGGAUAACAGUGGUGUUCUGGAUGGUGGCUUGUUCUGCAGGGACCUUAACCUCUUUGAUCUCUCUGCAAAACCCGGGGUGCUUGGUAAGAAGCCAGCCAUGGUUUUACAUGUAGCUUGGAAUAACAGAGCUGUUUCUUGUAACCAAUAAUCCCUGCUUCCUCCUUGCACUGAAAUUAAAUUGGACACUCAAAUCCCA